AUGAGAACUGCAGCUCUCCCAACUUUUAGAAAAUUGUAUGGAAAAAUAGAAGUGGAUAUUCAAGCAGGAGAAACUAUAACUGUUGUAUUAGAGAACAACUACAACACUUAUAGUUUUAGUGGCAAGAAGAAACUUGUGCUUUCAACCACAAGUUGGCUUGGAGGAAAGAAUAACUUUAUUGGCAUCGCGUAUCUUGCUGUUGGUGGAUUAUGCUUCAUACUAGCUACAACUUUCACUCUCAUAUAUUUAGUUAAACCAAGGCAUCUUGGAGAUCCGACUUAUUUGUCAUGGAACAGAAACCCAGGUGGUCAUUGAUGUGGGAUUCUGAUGUUGUAUGUAUGUAUGUAAUCUUUUAUUUUUUGUUUUUUGAGAUAAGACUUGAAGAUAGAUAAUUAUUUGUAUCAUUGAGCACAAAAUGAAACAUGUAUUUUGAUGUCAUUUGAGUAUUACACCGAAUGUUACUUGCUGUUAAUCCAUUUCUUGAAUCCUCA